AUGGGCACAGAAUUGAUUGCGGCUCCAUCAGUGCCAGAUGUCCCAAAUGCCCCAGACUUCGAAGAUCCGCGACUCGAUGUGGAGGGAUUUGUGGUCGAUUAUAUUGCUUGGCGAAUCAAGCAGGGCACGCAAGAAUGGCAUGAGCAGCCAGCGUUACCAUUCGGCAUUCAACCUGAGCAUGAGAUGAUGAGAAAGGUCGCAUAUAUCUUCGAACGCCGCCAUCGUAGCGAACUGCACAGUUUUGCAGAUGAAUUGCUAGAGGAUGAGAACCUGACGUUUGCCCGUUACUGUGAGAUAGUUGAUGAGUUCGGUAGAACUGCAGAUGAAAUGGAAAAUGGGAUGUCGUAUGGAAGAUUGGUGGGAUUGAUAUCCUUCGGAGGACUGGUAGCGGCAAGGUUAUAUGCACGGAAUCUUCGUCGUGAAGUUCAGCAACUUGCUCUGUAUACAGCGAAAUUUAUUGCAAAGCGGAUACGACUGACUUGGGUGGAGGAUGAGAGGAGCUGGAAAAGCUUCAUGUUAAUCGCGGCGGAUAUCAUCCGUAGAGAUGCAGCACAACGUGAAGCUGCUGAACGUCGAAAGUCAACUCGACGAUGGAGUCUGAUAGGCAUCGGAGCAGCAGCUCUCGUUGGUGUUGGAGCUAUCAUUGGAACUCGUGUACUACUAGGAGCUAAGUAACGAUCUCUGCUAUCAUAUUAUUAUUGCAUAUUACCUCACUUACGUCAAUCUCAACUCCCUUUUUGAUCUGAAAAGCCACUGCAUGCAUCAACUGCCAGUAUUGUUUUUUUUUUAGCAUCGCUCAUACAAUCCCACUUCUCAAUGAUACUCUUUGUGAACUGGUGUUUGUUCUUCUGAAUCUCGACAG